UGCAUACACCGGCGGGAUCCCCUGUAAGGGGUGCGUGAGGGAUUCUCCUGCUGACCUGUAGGGAUCUAGAGGAUUUUAAUGGAUAACUGGGAAGUGCUCUGAGUUGCAGGGAUUUUUUUAAAGAGCACCUUGGUGGGAAAAACUGCACCUGACUGAAGGUGACAAUCAUCUGUUUAGCUGACAAUAACAGGACAGGGAUCUACAAGUGAAUAUUUUGUGGGGCAGCUAUUCUCCCAUAUCACAGUUUGGUGGAAACAUUGCACCGGAUCCUGCAGGAGUGGUAUCUAACAAUUCACUUAAUAAUAACAGAAGAGGAAUUUUCAAGGACUAAAGAAUUGGGAGACACCUGGAAGUGCCAUUUCAGCUAUGGGGUUUAUAGGGAAGUGCAGCAUUUUGCUGGUUUCUUGGCUGAUUUCCACUGUAUGCUGUAUGUCACCAGAGUGUUUUAUCAUGAACGCCAUUGAGGAGAAACGCUAUGAAUGUUUGAAGAAUUAUGACAACCACACUUCAGGAUGCAGACAGAUGUGGGACAAUAUAACUUGUUGGCCGUCUGCAGCAGUAGGGGAGGUGGUUGUGCUUCCGUGCCCAAAUUAUGUUGACUUAUUUUCCAAUCCAAAUGGCAAUGUCUCCAGAAAUUGUACCGCUGGGGGCUGGUCAGAAAUGUAUCCUGAAAAAUAUGCAGAUGCUUGUGGCUAUGACAGCAACAGUACUCAGACUGAACAGACUGCAUUUUUUGGGAUGAUAAAGACUGGAUACACGAUUGGACAUAGCUUGUCUCUUAUUUCCCUCACUGCUGCAAUGAUCAUUUUAUGCCUCUUUAGAAAGCUGCACUGUACCAGGAAUUAUAUCCACAUGCAUCUUUUUAUGUCGUUCAUAAUGCGAGCGAUUGCUGUGUUCGUUAAGGAUAUUAUUCUGUUUGAAGGGGGAGAAUCUGAAAUCUGCUCUGUAGCCUCGGUUGGGUGCAAAGCUGCCAUAGUGUUUUUCCAGUACUGUAUCAUGGCAAAUUUCUUCUGGUUGUUGGUGGAAGGACUCUACCUUCAUACGCUCUUGGUAAUUUCCUUUUUUUCCGAAAGGAAAUAUUUCUGGUGGUACAUCCUUAUUGGCUGGGGUGUGCCAACCAUAUUUACUACAUUAUGGAGCAUUAUAAGAGUGCAUUUUGAUAACAUUGGGUGUUGGGAUACGAUUGGAAGUCCUUGGGUUUGGUGGAUCAUCAAAGCACCUAUCUUGGUUUCCAUUCUGGUAAAUUUUUUCCUCUUCAUCUGCAUCAUCAGGAUUUUGGUCCAAAAGUUACAUUCUCCCGAUGUUGGCAGGAAUGAACAAAGUCAAUAUACGAGAUUGGCAAAGUCUACGCUUCUUCUGAUCCCUUUAUUUGGAGUUCACUAUAUCGUGUUUGCAUUUUUUCCUGACAACUUCAAAGUGGAGGUGAAGUUAGGGUUUGAGCUGGUUCUUGGAUCAUUUCAGGGAUUUGUGGUGGCAGUUCUUUAUUGUUUCCUUAAUGGAGAGGUUCAGGGUGAACUCAAACGCAAAUGGAGAAGAUGGCAUAUGGAAAGGUUCCUGGGAUCUGAUAUGAAGUAUCACAACCCUUCAACGGGCAGCAAUGGAACUAAUUUUAGCACCCAGAUCUCUAUGUUGACAAAAUGCAGUCCAAAAACAAGACGAUGUUCCAGCUUCCAAGCAGAGUUUUCUUUGGUCUGAUAUAUUUCUGAUCAACAAUAAACUUCUGUUUUUUCCCAAUGAUAAUGUCAUCGUUAGAUGAAAAAAAUGUGAAGGAAAGUCCAAACACGAUACUUGGAACUGUACUUUAUAAUGUUUGCUCUGUCCAUAGCCUUUGAGUACUUGUGCGAUUAAAUGGACUAUUAAUGUCAUAACAAAGUUGCGAAUGUAAGGAAGGCUUUGACUCAUAAAUCCAUACUGGAAUAUCCUCUGUUGCUUAGCCAAGCAAGUCUUCUGUCUGAAUUACAAGCAAAACUUUCUACUGAGUCUGGAAAAAAUGUAUUUAGUAUCCAAAAAUGAAAUAUGGAAACCACCCUUAAACUGGUGUAAAUAAUGUCAUAUAACACAUGUCUAUCAGUAGUGAAUGAAAAUGAAGAUAAAACCACAAACCUUAAGCAUAUUAUUAUCAGUAGUAAAUCACAAUCAUCUGAAGUGAUAUCAUUUUCUACACAACUAUACCUGGACAAAGAUUGCAUUUUAUUUACAGAUCAAAAGAAAAAAGACAUCUCACGUACACCAUAUCUCAACAUAAAGUAAAACAAUUAUAAUAGGGUAACACAAUUACCAUAUGGAAAGACUUAUAUAUGUGAUAAAAAGAAAAUAUAUUGUUAAAACAUUGUUCCCAUUCUAUGGAGGGGGGAGUUUAUUUUCAGAAUUUGCCAACAAUUUUUUGAAUUUGAUAAUUUAUGACUGUUUGGAAUGUCACCCUGUGUGCUUUUACAAAGGCUUGCCAUAGAUAUAUGCUUUGUAUAAAUAAUUGUAAUGAGUGUUUCUAUGAGUGAAUUGUGUGCUGGCUAUUUUUGUGUACUAUGUCCUUAGAAAUCUGUGAUAAUUUUGAAAAUGUGUAGCAGCAAAAACAUGAGGUAAGGCAUCAGUUGUGAAAAGUGGAUUUGAAAAAAGACUUUAAAGUAGAGAUAGGCAAAUGUCUUAAUUUUGUAAUUUGAAGAAUGAAUGUUCCCCUCGACAGUCAUACUAUUCUAUACUACUCAUUAUCAAAUUUCUGUAGAUCUUUUUAAUAGAAAUAUUGAAUGUUAACAUCCAAUAAAUUAAUGUAACAUUUGAAUAUAACACAAACUCUGAAUCCCAUUGUCUUACAGUGGCAUUUAUGAGAAUCAACAUUUGAAUGUUGAUAUUUGAAUAUCUGAAUAUAACAUUUAAUAUUUCAGUGUAACAUUCUAUAAUCUAAUGUUACAGUCAAUAAAAAUUAAACAUGAAA